AUGCAGAUCGUCAACGAAGCAGCUAAAUUCAGAUACCGAAGUGGAAAUGAAUUUAACUGUGGAGGUUUAACAAUUCGAUCUCCAUAUGGUGCUGUUGGACAUGGCGGUCACUACCAUUCACAGUCACCAGAAGCUUUUUUCUGCCAUGUUCCUGGCCUGAAGGUUGUCAUACCUCGAAGUCCACGUGAGGCCAAGGGACUGUUGUUGGCCAGCAUUCGUGACCCAAACCCAGUCAUCUUUUUCGAGCCAAAGUGGCUGUACCGUUUGUCUGUUGAAGAAGUUCCUGAGGGAGACUAUAUGCUGCCUUUAUCUCAGGCAGAAGUAAUUCGCAAAGGAAGUGAUAUAACACUUAUUGGUUGGGGAGCUCAACUUGCAGUGCUGGAACAAGCAUGUGAAGAUGCUUCAAAGGACGGAAUUUCUUGCGAGCUCAUAGAUCUAAGAACGCUAAUUCCAUGGGACAAGGAAACAGUUGAGGCCUCUGUCAGCAAGACCGGAAAGCUUCUUAUUAGUCAUGAGGCCCCGAUCACCGGAGGGUUUGGUGCGGAAAUCGCUGCAUCCAUUGCUGAGCGCUGCUUCCAGAGGUUAGAAGCCCCUGUCGCGAGGGUCUGCGGCCUCGACACCCCUUUCCCUCUUGUUUAUGAACCAUUCUACAUGCCCACAAAGAACAAGGUACUUGGUGGGAUCAAUGAUGAUUUGAUCUUUGGCUUGGCUGCAUUGGUAUACAUACUGCUCUGA